CCUCCUCCUCGGUUCUGGCUUGUUGUGGUGGUUUCCUGUGUUUAGCAGGAUGUGGGUUGAAUGUCUGUUAGAUUGAAAGUGAGGAAGAGGAAGAGCCACAACAUCAAGACGGGAUGGAGAUCACACCACUCUGCCUGAUGCUCUCCACGUUGGUGGUGCACCCCGACAGGUCCCAGUUCCUCCUGUACGAGACCCUCACCCUGACCUGCGGGGGGCCGGGCUGCUCCGACGGCUGGACCCUGCUGAGAAACACCUCCACCCAAACGUCCCAGCCGUGCCCCUCCGCCUGGGGGCGGGCAACCAACGGCUCCACCUGCGCCAUCGGGGACGUCUACCCGUCGGACAGCGGCGUGUACUGGUGCGGCUCCGAGCGUCACGGGCGCAGCGGCAGCGGCGUCCACAUCGCCGUGAGCGGUAAUGUGAUCCUGCAGAGCCCCGCGCUCCCUGUGACGGAGGGCGACCGGGUGACGCUCCGCUGCGCCUCCCCUGGAGGGGGAGGAGGUGAGGGAGGAGGAGCGCGGCGGUGGGAGCCGCAGCCCGCGGCCUCCGCGGCCUUCUACAAGGACGGGGUGAUGAUCGGCAAUCGGUCCGCGGCGAACGUGACCUUUGUGGCGGUGUCGCGCUCCGACGAAGGGCUCUACUGGUGCGAAAUCCCCGCGCGCGGGACGUCCCCACGGAGCCGGCUGGCCGUGAGAGCAGUCCCAGCCGAGCCCCCCCCUGACCUGCCGCUGCCCCGGCUGGUGUGUGUCGUCCUGCUGAUCGUCCUGCUCGCUGUCCUCCACGUCCUCCUCUUCGCAGUCUGCGUGAAGCUGCGCAGAAGGUUGACUCGGCGCAGCAGCGCCUCCAUGUAAGGCGCAGCCGGACGGCCAACGUGACGCAUCCAAACGUCUCACCUUCUGUUGCCUCACCUGUCAGCAAAGGCCCCGGAUGCUCAUCAUAGAGGUAGACUAUGAGCAAAAUGUUGAAGGACGAGGAAAAACCUUUGAUUACUGGACCAUAAAAACUUAGUUUAAAUAAUCUUCGGCCAGGAGAGGGAGUCAUGUGAUGCCCUGGAGCAGAAAGCAAUUCACCAGGGAGGAGCCGGGCUUCAAUGGGCAGCCAAUCCCAUACGACUGCAGCACAAGGGACACGCCCAUUGCCAAGGACAAGAGACGGAAGGGAUCGAAACAGGAGACAACCACACAGCUCCACCGUAGAGGUCGUAUGGGAAUGAUGCCGGACGGAAUUGAAAAAAGCUCCUUCUAACAACAUUGCUGAUUUGUUUAUCAAAUUUCAUGUUGCAAUCGAAAGUAACCCCCAAAUUUCAAAAACAGCUGGCUUGAGGUAUGAAGCCAGUGCUCCCAAACUCAAAGAUGGACCGUUUAUUAUGGGCGAAGUACUGAAGAUGAUAAGACUCUGUCUUAUCUUCGUUCAAGUUAAGAAAGUUUUGUGACAGCCACAACUUAAUAUCAUUAAUACAGUUAAGCAGGAAGUGUAGUGCGACACUGUCAUUCAGUUUCAUAGGCAAUACAUUUGCAAAUCAUCUGCAUAACAGUGAAAAGACAGGUUGUGUCUUUCUAUAACAGCCCCCAACGGCAACAUAUAUAAAGAAAACAGGAGCUCCAUUCCUGAACAUUUCUGAACAUUUUUAUUUCCUUUUUUUAACUGAUUCAGACAAUCAGACAAAUAGUGGGUUCCUCCUCUGUUGUGUCCUGAUGCUUAAUAGAUAUUCCUCAAGCUUUUCAAACUGCAUCACCACCAAUCGGCAAAGUGUGAACACAUCAUUUCCGCUCAGGUGCACACAUAGGACAGGAAAGUGGAUCACCUGACUCCAGUUCUCAGGUAUUCACACUGUCUGUCAAACAAGGAAGUGACUUCAACAUCCUGCUGUUGGUUCAUAAAUCACUAAAUGGUUUUACGGGCCCAAGUACAUGUCUGAUCUGCUGAUACGUUAUGAACCAUCACGAUCCCUCAUGUCGACGGGUGUACUUCCUGCAAAACUAAAGCAGGAACAAAGUCCCAGAGAGUCCCUCAGAUCCUUUGAAUCCAGGUUAAGACUUUUCUGUUAGCUUCUGCCUUUAAUUGACUGUUUCUGCAUUUUGGAAUUCUUAAAGAAACUUAAAAUACACACCAAUUUCUUUUAUAUUUUUAGUUUUUUAAUGACUGUUUUUCUUUUAAGUUUAAAUCAAUAAAUCUCUUUAUUUUUGGAUGUUUUUUUAUGUGAAGCUCUUCUAAUUUCCUUGUUGUUGAAACGCACUACAAAUAAAAUUUCCUCCCUUUUCUAAACCAGAGCUGUAAAUCAAUCCUAAAUGUAAAUCAUACACUCAUCUUAACCUACAAUUACUGUUUACUGUUCUCAGCAGCAACUUGAUGAUGACAAAGUUAAUAUUAACAAACCUGAAUUCCCCUUUAAUUGAUCAUGAUUCAGUGACGUAAAGCAUACUUUGUUUGCAACAGAUGUGAAACAUCUUCACAAAAAAGGCUCACUUGUUGUACUAAGCUAUUUUCACAAUGUUAUGAAAAUGCGGGACCAUUCGUAUAUAUAUCAUGUAUAUUUUAGUAUAUCAUUAGUCUAGAUUCUAUUCACUAAAUUACACACUGACAAACAGCCCAAUUGAAACAAAAUCCUAGAUAAACUUUGAGAACAGAUCUCUGACAAGUAAUAAGAAAUCCCCCUCUAUUACCUCCUCUUUCCUUUUAAUUUAAUCAUACUUUCAUGUAUACUUCUUCAAAAUGAUGUCCAUCGCAAGCUGUUUAUCAGGCUCUUAUCUAGGGGGGUCCGAGUGUUCCUUCCUCCACACCUGUUUCCCCGCUGAAGUUCCUUGUAAGGGGGGGGCUCCUUCUGAUUGGACACCACAAACCUCCCUGCUGGGUAUUUAAGUUUCAUUGGUCAGACCCUCCCUCCACAGGAGAAGGACCGCUGCCGCUGAGCUGCUGUCUGAACGCGUGGCUCGUCUUUGAUGAUUUGUGUUUUCUUUGUGAUCUUAAGACACUUUUCAUUUCAAACGAGGACAUUAUCCACUAGUUUCCACCGCAAACCGAAAAAUACUUUAGUUGAAACGUCCUAAGAGGUGGGUUAAACACCACAGCGUGACGUCUCUGGAGAUGUUUCGCCUCGUGGCCCCCGCCGCUCUCCUCCUCCUCCUCCUAUCCAUCGUUCCCACGGUAACCGAAGUGGUGAGGUCCAUAUCAGAGUGCAACAAGUACUUCCUUGAUGGUGCUGCACCAAACAUCCCGGGAAUCCUGGUGGGAGGGAAGAUCCUGGACCAGAACAGAUACAAAGCCAUCUGCCAGACUUGGAACCACGAGAGACGUUUUGUGACGCUUUACGACACAGAGAACAAGAUCCCGGUGUUUUCAGCCUACAAAUACCAGGGGGCAGAGAAAACUGGGAUGCUCAACGGAAGACAAUGGAAAAUAGAACCACAGCUUAAGAACAAAAGUGGCAGCAAGAACAUGGAGGAUUCCCCUAAUGAAACUUACAUCCAUCAGGCAGGGGACAAAGAUUACCUAAACCGAUCACAGAAGUCGUUAACCAGAGGACAUUUAUUACCAUUCUCUUACGGAUCGACAUUUGAUGAUAAGGUGUCUACCUGUACCCUAACCAACGCUGUUCCACAAGAAGAGACUUUUAACAGUCAAAGUUGGAGCAGAAUGGAGAAAUGCGUCAAACGUGUUCUGGAUAAGUACUGUAGGAACAACAACGGUGAAAUAAAGGGCUACCUGGUAACUGGAGCACAGCCUGGCAACAUAACGAUGAAUAACAGGGUGAAUGUUCCUCCCAUGAUGUGGUCAGCAUUCUGCUGCCAAAGUCACGGCGGGUGGCUGGCAAGUGCACACUGGGGCCAUAAUGAGGAAGAAAAGGAAAAAGAUAAACGUCUUGAAACAAGGACUUUGCGGGAGCUAGAACUGGAGAUAUGGAACGGUGAAGCUAAAAUGUUUCCUGGAACACACUGUCCUCUCAACACAAGAGUCUCUGACUUGUACCCAAAUCUUGUUGAAACUUGCACCUGCCCUCUACACAUUUCAUCUACUUCUGCCCCGUCCACCACCUCUCGCCCCAACUACACACUUACUGCUAUGAGUAUCACGACUGCUUACUUACUCCUCGUCCUUACUUGGUCCUUUUAGUAGGACAUCUGGCCCUCUUAUCUGGUCAUAACUCUCAGUUGAUCACGUUGCAUAAAUUCCUGAGUAAUAAUAACGUGUCUGUGAUUUGAUUGAGUUCAUUUCUCUUCAAUGUAAUUUUAAAUGCAUUUAUUUGCCUGUUUAACAGGAUUUUAAAUGUAUUAUUUGUUGGAAAAUGUUAUGGAUUUAAGUAGAAGUAUAUUACAUGUAGAAAUGUUUAGUGUAUAAUUGUAGUUUGUGUGAUGUUAGAUAGUAGAUAUUACAUUUGUAUGUUAGAUGAAGUGAAUGCAUUAUAGUCAAUAACAAUUUAUAGUCAUGUAAAUCAUAUCAAUACUGUACACAUUAACAUCCUGUCACUGCACCAGAUAAACUGUGAUGAACCAUUAAAGACUGUGAUCUCACAUGUUGUGUUGUAAUUGAAGUGUACUAGUUAUAAGAUGAAGACAAACUAUGUAUACUGUGUUAUAUCCACUCAUUGAGACAUGAAGCCAGAUGUUUCUACAUAGAGUGCAUUGGAAUGUGAGGGAGAGAUAAGACAGAGAGGUUUCAGGUUACUGCAGCAGUUUCACAUCUGGAUGUGAAGAGGAUGAACCAGGAGGAGACACUUUGGAGAAGAAGCCAAUGACAUUCGAAUAAACCAAACAAAACCCCCCGGGAAUUUUCAAAGUACCAAACUGAGAGAAGAACUGUUAGAAUUCUCCUGCAGCCGCUUUGAUGACUCACCUUUGACUUGGUCUGAGAAUUCUCUAUUUCCCGAAAUAUAUCACUGUUCACAUUGUAUUUCACUUUGGAAAUUGUAUUCCUGAUCACUUUGUUUAGUUAUUAAAUACCUUUUGGUUUUUAAAAUUCGA